UGCAAUUUGCAUUCCAAAGUGGAAUUUGUUUACGAUUUGCAGGUUAAAUAACUUUUUUACAAUGUUUAAAUAAGAAUAUACCAUUUAAUAUCUAUUACAUAUUUAAGAUAUAAAUACAAUGGAUUUUGCAAGAAAACAAUUAGAAAAAUAUGGUUGGACAGACGGCAAAGGACUCGGAAAAAACGAAAACGGAAUAUCACAAGCACUAAAACCUAAGUUGAAGCGAAGUGUAGCAGGUAUCGGAUAUGAUGCUGCAUCAGAUUUUACAGAGCACUGGUGGAGCGCGCUCUACGAUAAAGCAGCAAAAAAUGUUGAGGUCGAAGAAAAGAAUGGUAAAACAAAAAAAAUUAAGACAAAAGAUGAAUUCGAAAUUACUAACAGCACUUGGAAAAUACAUAAGAAAAAGAAAGAUGAACCAGCAGAACAGGAGUAUUCAGACUUUUUUGUGAGGACUGACAUUUUAACGGGAGGAAAAGCUAAAACUAAAAAGGUUACAAAGGACUCUGAUAGUAAAGAAGAACCUAAAGACCCUAUGAAAUUAACAGAUGAAGAACUUUUUGCAGCCUGUGAAGGAAGAACUGCACAUAAAGGUGCACGCCAUGGCCUAAAAGCUUUAGGAAAAUUAGCAAGAAUUGAACAACAAGAACAGAUGCUAUUAAAACAGGCUAAAUUUAAAGGGUAUUCACAGGUAAAAGACACAGAUUCAAAUGAAGCUGACACACAAGUUUUUGAAGAGAGUAAUUUAAAUACUGAUUAUGAUUCUGGUGCUGUGAACAAAAAAAAGAAGAAAAAGAAAAGAUGUAUUAGUUUUACAAGAAAUAUGGACACAGGAGAUAACAAUGCAUAUGUUGAGGAUGCUAAAGAUAAGAAAAAAUCCAAACAAAAGAAGAAUUCUACCUUAGAAGAAGGAAGUUUAUUAGGAAGUAACUUUGCAUGCAACAUGCAUGAGGAAAACGCUGAAACAUCAAAGAAGAAAAGUAAUCACUGUAAUGUAAAUGUUGAGAGUGAAAACAAAGAUUCAGUUCUUGAUAAAACAGGGCAAAAGAAAAAAAAACGAAAAAAUGUGGAUAGAGAUGAUGGUGAUAGUAAUGCUACUGAAAAUAAUAGUUAUCACAGUAGUAAAAAAUGCAAAUAAAUACACUAUGAAAACUA